UGAGCGUGCCUUACAGCCAACAGUUGAAACUCCCACAGAAACAAAGUUUUGGACUCUUUUUUACUUAAAAAGCUUCAAUCUUUACAACUCAAAGAGAAAACCCAAAUCAGUAUAUCUCUCUUGAAAUGGUAGCUACCUCAUGUUUUACCACUCCGCUCUGCUCUUUUUCACCCCCUAAUAAACCAGCAGUAGUUCUUGGGAAUUCAGUUGCUGGGAAGGUUAUUAGGGUGAACAAAGUGUUUCACAACUCUAAAACUACUAAAUUUCAAUCCUUGGAGGUUAAGGCGACGGACAGCAGUGGUAGGCAAACUAAGACAAAUAGCAUAGUGUGUGCUGAUUGUGAUGGAAAUGGUGCUAUAUCGUGUACCCAAUGCAAAGGAGUUGGAGUGAACUCGGUUGACCACUUCAAUGGAGCGUUUAAAGCCGGCGGAUUAUGCUGGCUCUGCAGGGGCAAGAGGGACAUUCUGUGCGGAAGCUGUAAUGGAGCUGGCUUUAUCGGCGGAUUCAUGAGUACUUACGAUGAUUAGAAGUUAUACGAGAACUGAAUCGAUAGUGAGAAUGGGAUGCCAGUCUUUAAAACUCAUCUACUGUUAUUUUACCUGUCUUGUGUUUAUUGAGAUGCCAUGCUCCAAAUGUAUUUGUUAGUCUGGAAAUUUUGUAUUUGAUUUUGAGCUACAAAAUAUUCAUGUUUCAUGCAGGCAAUAUAAAGAAAAAUAAUUGUAUGCA